CAUUGUGUCGGAGCAAUAAGGGCUUCAGCAGCCAUGUGGCGGCCCAAACGCUCCCAUUGGCUGCAGACUGUGAGAACCUCCAGCAAACUCCAGGCUCACACAUUCAUAUGGAGAUUUGGGAGUAUAAAUAGAGGGAGAGGAGAGAGAGUUGAGCACAGAUCUCAUCUGAUCCUAGCGGAGAACUGAACACAAGACACACAGCCAUGGCACCUACAAUCACUGGAUCAGUCAUCAGCAGAGAACAACUUCCACUCACAAACAAGCUGAGGAAGCCAAUUGUUGAAAAGAUGCGCAGAGACCGCAUCAACAGCUGCAUCGACCAGCUCAAGAGUCUCCUGGAGAAGGAGUUUCACAGCCACGACCCCAGCGCCAAACUGGAGAAGGCCGAUAUCCUGGAAAUGACUGUCAGCUUUUUCAAACAGCAGCGGCAGCAGCAGCAGCUUCCUCAGAGGGACUAUAAUGAAGGCUACUCUCACUGCUGGAGGGAGUCUGUCCACUUCCUCACUCUUCAUUCCACUGGAGGAGGAUCUGGGCGGGAGCUCCAGCAUCUCCACAACGCCCAGCAAACGAGUGCUGCUAUCGGCUCCGCUCCAUCAGGACCUUCCUCUAAACUGAGCACGGCUGGUUUGCAACAGCCUGACAUCAGGAGGCCCGUCUGGAGACCCUGGUAGAGAUGCGGUGAACCGUAAACCCUGAGGGACAGUCGUAUUAACGUCUCUCAUGAAAGUAGGAGAUUCAUUUCCAAGGUGUACGUUUGUGUUGUCAUCAUAUUGAUUGACAAAAACUUAAGACAAACAUGUGUUUGUCAAUAGAAAGAGGUGGAUUUAUGUGCUUCUUGUUCUGUUUUAAUAGCUCUUAAUGUGAUUUUUACCACAUGUGAUUACUUAAAUUGUUUUUUAUUGUGUAUAUGUUUUGAUGUAUGCAUAUUUAAUU